GACCUCGAAGAGGCCACGCUGCAGCACGAAGCCACGGCUGCCGCCCUGCGGAAGAAGCAUGCGGACAGCACAGCGGAGCUUGGGGAGCAGAUUGACAACCUGCAACGAGUCAAGCAGAAGCUGGAGAAGGAGAAGAGUGAGCUGAAGAUGGAGAUUGAUGACUUGGCCAGCAACAUGGAGUCUGUCUCCAAAGCUAAGGCAAACCUAGAGAAGAUGUGCCGCACUUUGGAAGACCAACUGAGUGAAUUUAAAACAAAGGACGAGCAGAAUCUGCGCAUGAUUAGUGAUCUCAGUGCUCAAAGAGCUCGCCUGCAAACAGAAUCUGGUGAAUAUGCACGCCAGGCAGAGGAAAAAGAUGGUUUAAUUUCUCAGCUGUCCAGAGGGAAACAGGCCUUCACACAACAGAUUGAAGAACUGAAGCGGCAACUAGAAGAAGAGAUAAAGGCCAAGAACGCCCUGGCCCACAGCUUGCAGUCUGCCCGCCAUGACUGUGACUUGCUCCGGGAACAAUACGAGGAGGAGCAGGAAGCCAAGGGUGAGCUGCAGCGUGCCCUGUCCAAGGCCAACAGCGAAGUGGCCCAGUGGAGAACCAAAUACGAGACGGACGCUAUUCAGCGCACAGAGGAGCUGGAGGAGGCCAAGUAUGCGGAGGGAAAGUGGGGAAGGCUGGUAGAAAGUAGUGAAUAUUUGAAGAAA